AUGAUACAAGUUGCAAAAAUAAUAGGUACAGGUUUAGCUACUACAGGAUUAACUGGAGCAGGGAUUGGUAUUGGAAUCGUUUUUGGUGCGUUAAUAGUGGGUGUAGCAAGAAAUCCUUCAUUAAGAGCACAAUUAUUUUCAUAUGCUGUAUUAGGUUUUGCUCUUGUUGAAGCGAUUGGACUGUUUUCAUUAAUCCAUAGGAGGUUUUAG